GCUGGAAUUGAGUUCAAAAUUACAGUGUUUACAUUAAACUUAGUUUUAUUUGAUAAAAAAAAAAUUAAAAAAAUUACCAAAGGUGGCUGUGUAUUUUGUUUAAAACAUUAAAAACAGAUUUUCAAAAAUAAAAAUAAUAAAACAAAAAAUUAUAUGAUAAAUGGACACCCUUAAGAAAUAUCGAGGAUUUCACAAGUUCUUUCAAAAUUAUUUUGUCAUGAAAUCAAAGUUUCUCUUCAAAGAAAAUGCGUCUAAAUCUAAUAAAAGCAAAUCUAAUUUAAAGCCUAAGAGCCCCUCUAUGAAGAGUCCUGAAAAAUGUGCCCAUACGUCAUCGCCAGAAGAAAAAGCUAUCCUUUGGAAAAAAAUAAGUGUCUUUGGUGCAUUUCCAAUUUUAUUGCUGGUAUCUGCAUAUGUCUUAGUUAGCGUUAAAAACGAACCGGAAAGAGAGCGUCCAGAGUUUGUUAAAUAUGAAUAUUUGGGAAUUCGCAAUAAGAGAUUUCCCUGGGGUGAUGGAAACAAAUCGUUUUUUCAUAAUCCAAAAACUAAUGCCUUACCUGAUGGAUAUGAAGAUUGAAUUUUUAUACAAAUUUUAUAUUUUAUUAUAUUAUAUUUCUUCUUUUCUUUAUUAAGAAUUUUAUAUUAAAUAUAGAAAUGUUGCAAAAAUAA